AAACAAAGUGCCUUGCAUAUCAGAUUACUCGCAAAUAAGACGUAUAAAAAAUGUAUAUAGAUGAAAAGUGAUAUUAAAUUACGGUGGAAAUUCCAAAGUUAAAACAAUAUAGUUUCGUUUUAGCUUUGUCUCCUUUAGUUGCUGUUGCAAACAAAAUGUCUGAAAAAUCAACAAGGAAGGGGGAAAGGCUAGUGUCGAAAUCGAUACGUGAGAGCACCAAAAGCUCCACUGACGUGAAUUGGCGAGAAACAAAGACAGCUGAGGAAUGUUUGUCACAUCUUUGCCUCUCAAAACAUCUCUCUGAUAUUAGCUUUACCUUUAAAGACAGUCAAAAUGUAAAGCUUCCGGCGCAUAAAUUUGUACUGAGCAUGCGUAGUACGGUUUUUGAAACCAUGUUCUACGGUUCGCUUGCAGAGUGCGGAGACACUGUUCUGAUUGAAGACGUGGACCCUGAAACAAUGAAAGUUCUUAUGAGAUUUGCAUAUUCCGACAAGCCAGGUUUGGAUGGAAAUAAUGUAUUACCUUGUUUGUAUGCAGCAAAAAAGUAUGUUUUGACAGGGCUGGUGAGACAAUGCUCUAAUUUCCUUGAAGAUAGUAUCGACAGUAAAAACGUAUGCUCGAUACAUGAACAGGCUGUCUUUUACGAUAUGAAGCCUCUGCAAGACAUAUGCUUUGAUUAUAUCCUAGAAUACGCAUCGGACACGUUAUCGUCAGAGGACUUCUUGGAAGUAUCGCAUAUGACAUUGCUAAAUAUUCUUAGACAUGACGAAUUAGCAACUAACGAAGUGGAUGUCUUCAAUGCGGCCGUCAGAUGGUCCAAAAAUUAUUGCAAGGCUAAAAAGAUACCACCGAAUGCAGCAAACGAACGUGAGGCUCUCGGAAUAGCUUUAUAUCAGAUUCGUUUUCCGAUUAUGCCAAUAGAAGAAUUCGAUCAGGUCGUCACGCCAGCUGGGAUUCUAACCAACGCAGAACAGGAACUGUUGUAUCAGUUCAACGCAACGAAGGGUUCUUCACCAGUAGGUAGAUUUAUUAAUCGCGAAAGAUGCGGGGAAGUAGUCACAAUUGAUAUUUCGAAAUAUACUCUAUCCCAGUAUCAAGGGAAACGGCGGCAAGCAUAUUAUUUGCAAAUUCAAUGUCAGUAUCAAUACGAUAACUACGGAGGAGGGGCUUCCAGCACGUCGACAAACAGACUUUCUCUUAAGAUCAGAUCUAUUCGGGGUGCAUUUGUCAAAAACGUUAGGAGAAUCGCAUUGGGAAACGCUUCUGUUACUAAUUAUAAAACUGUUGGAAACAAGAUAACGUUCAAGUACCCUUUAGAAAUGGCCGUCGGUGGUACGAUCCAGUUUCAUUCAAAUGAUACCGAAGGUUCUUGCAGUUCAGAAGUAAUCCCUGCCUGCAUCUCAUAUCGCAUUGACAUACAAGAAGUUGUGAAUGGAAGAAAUGUCAAUUUCGUUCAAAUUCCAGCUGGUAUGGAAUCCAUCUCUUUCGCAAAAUGUUAAUGAUUGCUCUGUGGACACUUUAUUAUCAACAUAUGACGUCGUCAAAAACUACAUCUUCAAAAUGCCAUCGUACUAAUUUUUGCAAGCUACAUCAACUCAUUGUAUUAUUUUAAAUUGUCUGUACAAUAACAAUUUUGUUAAAAUAAGGACAAACAUAUUGCUUGGUUCAGGUUUUACGCCCUUGUCUAAAAAAUUGGUAUUUUAAAUGGAUUAUAUAAUAAUAAUCAUCAUUUCUAACAGCUUGAAGAUUAGUUGAAAAUAUUAGUUCAAAUUGAACGAAAAUACAAAUGUACAACACAAACAAA